AUGGAUCUGAGAGUAAGAGGUCACUACUCUGUGCAGGUGGUCCAUUUCCACCUCAAGAGGAAGCUGGGCUACUAUCUUAUACAGACUUACGUUCCUCUUAUAAUGGUUGUCGUGCUGUCACAAGUCUCUUUUUGGAUCAACAAAGAGUCUGUUCCUGCACGCACAGUUGCUGGCAUCACCACAGUGCUGACCAUGACCACCUUGAGCAUCAGCGCCCGUCAGUCACUUCCCAAAGUUGCCUAUGCCACCGCGAUGGACUGGUUCAUUGCUGUGUGUUUUGCCUUUGUGGCGUCGGCGCUUGUCGAGUUUGCAGCACAGAAAUCGAAACCAGAAAAGCUUGAGGUGUUAGAUACCGCCAGCGAUGAUGAAAACGCAAUUUCGUUGGACAGCAGCCAUCAGGAAGACCUGAAGAGAAGAAACCACUCAGUGUGUCGCAGUGAGCCAGGAGAAGUUUCGCGGCUGCCGAUUUUCCUCCAACAGGGCUCAGCUUUUCCUCAAAUCCCGCAGCUGGCCGGCACCAGCCCCAUCGACAAGUACGCACGCAUCCUCUUCCCCCUGGCCUUUGCGCUCUUCAACCUAGUCUACUGGUACAUCUACCUGGCCAAGGACACCAUGGAGAUUGCUAGGAACACAGUCCUUAAAAACUGAGAGGACCUGGAAAAAGGCCAUGUGCCGCCUGAGAGACCUUCAGCAUCCAGCCAGAUAGCCUCACCCUCCUGUCUCGCUGUGUGUUUGAACAAGCUCUCAGCGGUUUCUCUGCUCUCAUCUGACAGCGGAAAUGAUUCAGAAACUCAUUUAUUCUCCUGCCGCACAUCCAUUCAUUUCACAGGCUGUGACCACUGCCCACUUGUGUUCUGAUCAGUAGCUGAAGAGCUGCCCUUCAUGGGCCUCAACAGCUUUAUAGCCCGCCACGUACACACAACAACUUCUCGGGGCGCCCGGACCGAGACAGACACCACACACAUACAGUGUGCUUGAUGCUCAGACACACACUUGGACGCACAAACCAAGAAACACAUCAAAACGAAGUGGAUGAUAUAAUCUAUGAUGGCUGUAACUGGUGGUGAUGCAACAGUGAACCAAUGCUUUCAGAAACCUGCCCUCUACAGAAGCACAGCUCCCACUACAACAAGAUCAAAGGCAAUUUACAGGAGCCUUGCAUCCCUCCCCGCAGCUUCCAAAAAUCAACUCAAACCUGAGAAAAUGAAUUGUGGGAUUGUGUUUUUCAUCCCACCUUUCUGCUCCGGAGCUCUGGUGCGCCCUCUGCAUUUCCAGAUCUACUGCAGGUCCUCUUUAAACAUUGCAGGGAUGAGUAGGAUUGAAUACCCAUAAAUGUUGAUGGCAUUCAUUUUCUAUUUUUGUACAGAUGCUGCAUGAUUGUUGGGCACAAAUGUUUACAUAUAAAGUGUCUGCUUGCAAUGGAUGGAGUGUUAGUCUCGUUUUAGCCUCUCAGCAUGUGCAGUAACAUAAAACUGAAGGAAUAAAGUGGAUCUUAAGUUUUCAUUUUGACCACUUUAACCGUACAGUCCCAUUGUUUGACCUUGUCAGGAUAUAGACAAACUUGUCUGCCCUGUAAUAAACAUAAAAAUAAAACAAGCCUGAAAUGAUUGCCGCUGUUGU